AUGAGGAUAAACUUAGGAACUGCAACAGCUCCUCUUCCUACAAAUGAAGCUCUCACCUCAAUUUUGCUUGAUGCCAUUGAAAUUGGUUACAGACAUUUUGAUACGGUGUUUAUCUAUGGUACUGAAGAGCCUCUAGGCGAAGCUGUUUCAAAAGCUUUAGAACUUGUCCUUAUAAAGAAUCACGACGAAGUGUUCAUUACUUCCAAGUUAUGGUGCACUGAUGCUCACCAUGACCAUGUUCUCAAGGCUCUCCAAACCACUCUCAAAAAGUUGAAGAUGGAGUAUGUAGAUCUCUACUUAAUUCACUGGCCAGUAGAAAUUAAUCCAUCAUGGCAACAAGGAAAACUCAGGGAAUUCUGCAUGAAGAAAUGA